AUGUCGCUAUGUAUCACUGAUACUACUACUCGACACGACGAUUAUGCGUGCAUCACAGUAGAAGAGUCACGAAGAAGAGUCGAGAGAGUGCGAUGAGGUUGCAUAAUCAGAUAAGAAUACAAAAUGGAGCAGGCACGAAGCAGCACUGGCGACCGAACCAAAAAGAGCGAUGUAUCGCGUUACAAGAAGUUCGAUAUUUUUGUUUCUUCGAACAAGUGUAUACGAAAUACAAGAAACAUGCGAAAGGCAUGUGGAAGACAUUCUCGCGAUCGGAGCAGAGGAAAAGAGAUGAACAAGGACAAGAGGAAGAAAUGAAAAGACGCAACACACUAUGUCCAUACACCGUUCGGGGGCUCGUAAAGCACACACAGGCGGACGAUGAUACCGAGAACGCGGUGCAACAAGGGGUGGCCGCGACGCCGACGAGUGAGAUGAAAAUAGACGUUGGAGUGAGACGCCGCACCACUGUCCAGUCCCCUCUCUCGGCCAUCCCUCUGCUUGGUACCCCGGGCUGCCCCCAGCCAUGGCGAUUACCGCGGACCUCGAAAUGGAAGAAAGAGUGUUUUACUUUGCAUCCAUGUGAUCUCAACAGGCAACGGUUCAAUGCAAUGCAGCAAUUUUCUCGCGGAGAAAUUGGACCUCUUCCAGUCUUCAUUAAUGACAGGAAGAAACGUGCGAAGGACGAUGAUUCUUGA